UACAUCUAUAUAACCGAAAAACUAAUUUAUUAUUUAUAUAAAAGUAUCUUAGACUAAUUAGUUUUUUUUUUAACUAGUAUUCAGUCUACCGGACCAUUUAAUCUAAUUCGAAAAUCAGCUCUAGUAUCAAUUUGCCGUUGCGGGUCAUCGAAUUAGAUAUUAUUUUUUGUCAUAGCUGUUAACCUACCUGCAAGGAAAUUGCAAUAAUGCGUAGACUAGUGAUAACGACAAAGGAAAUUGCAAAGAAAUUACUAACCUUUGGUAAAGAAACAAGAAACUUCAUCAUAUAAGAUUAUAUAUAGCUCUAUCUCCAGUUCAGAGGUUUGAAAUAAUAACUUUAGCAUUUCAAUGUAAUCUAAGAGAUACCCACAAACUUUGAAAGAUCAAGUCAUAAUUUCUUAGGUACUAUAUUUCAAUAUUUUCUUUAUUUUCAUAUUAUAAACUUUCAAUUUAAAUUACUACUACACUAGAUAAAUCCUUGUUGAAACAACCUAGUAUUUCUCGACCUAGUUUUAGUUAGUUAUUCAUGGGAGAAACAACAGAAUUAGAUGCUAUUACAUCACAGCUUCAACAAACAUACAAACAAGUUCAACAUGACCAAACAUCCAUGAGAUGUUUUAGGUCAACUCUACAAGAUUUGUCUCCAAUUGUUCAAGAAAUCAACCAAUUUAAUGAACAAUUGAACCCACCUAGAGAAGAAAUCAAGACUCUUAUAAAAGAAAAUCAUGCAGAACAAGAACAAAGGGUUGACCAGAAGAAUCUUUGUUGGAACAAGUUUUUUUCUUGGUUUCAGCUUUGUAUGAAUGGAAUUUUGCAUAAAAAGAAGGAUGAUUUUCAUUCUGAUGAUAAUGACGAUAAGCAAAAAGUUAUGGCAAAAGAUGUUAAGGAUACACUUUAUAAGUUGAGAGAAGUUCUUGAGAUUCUUAAUAAGGAGAAUUUUGAGAAGAAAUUAAGUGGAUCUGGAGGACCAAUUUUUAAGGGUCCUUUUGGUGUUCCUGAAAAUUCUGAAUUUACUGUUGGUUUGGAUUUGCAAUUGAUGAAGUUGAAGACUGAACUUCUUAAAGAUGGAAGAUCUACCCUUUUGGUCACUGGAAUGGGUGGAUUGGGAAAAACCACUCUGGCUAAGAAGCUAUGUUGGGAUGAACAAGUUAAGGGUAAAUUCCGGGGAAAUAUUUUAUUUGUCGUCUUCUCAAAAACACCCCAAUUGAAAACUAUUGUAGAGAGACUUUUUGAACACUGUGGAAAUCCAGUGCCAGAGUUUCAAAGUGAAGAAGAUGCAAUUAAUAGAUUGGGACUUAUGCUGAAGAAAAAUGAGGGAAGUCCAAUAUUGUUGGUCCUGGAUGAUGUUUGGCCUGGAUCAGAAGACCUCGUUGAGAAAUUUCAAUUCCAGAUAUCAGAUUAUAAAAUUUUAGUGACUUCAAGGGUUGCAAUAUCUAGAUUUGACAAAACCUUUAUCCUAAAGCCUCUUGUUCACGAAGAUGCAGUAACCCUUUUCGGUCACUACAUACACUCGGGAAAAACUCAUUUAAAUAUUCCUGACACAGAUCUAAUCGAAAAGGUUGUAGAAAAUUGCAAGGGUUUACCUCUUGCCAUUAAAGUGAUCGCAACAUCACUCAGUAAUCGACCAUAUGAGUUGUGGGAAAAGAUUGUGAAGGAACUUUCUCAAGGCCGUUCUAUACUUGAUUCUAAUAUGGAAUUACUUACUCGCCUCCGCAAGAUCUUGGAUGUUUUGGAAGAUAAUCCCAUUAACAAGGAGUGCUUCAUGGACCUAGCUUUAUUCCCCGAAGACCAGAGAAUUCCUGUUGCUGCUCUGAUUGAUAUGUGGGCAGAGUUGUAUGGACUAGAUAACAACGGCAUAGAAGCAAUGAACAUCAUCAACAAAUUAGACUCUAUGAAUAUGGCUAAUCUCUUAGUAGCUAGGAAAAAUGCAAGUGACACUGAAAAUUACUACUACAAUAACCACUUUAUCGUCCUUCAUGAUCUACUAAGAGAGCUUGGAAAUUAUCAAAACAACCAAGGACCUAUUGAACAAAGAAAAAGACUUCUUAUUGACAUUAAUGAAUACAAACGUGAUCAGUGGCUUGCGGAGAAGCAGCGAGGCGCAAUGUCCUGCAUUUUGUCCAAAUUUGUUAAAUGGUGUGUCAAACCAAAGCCUCGGCAGGUCCCAGCCCGUACAUUGUCUAUAUCAAUUGAUGAAAAUUGUGCGUCAGAUUGGUCUCAAAUUCAACCAGAUCAGGUCGAGGUUCUGAUUUUAAAUCUUCAAACCAAGCAGUACUCAUUUCCAGAGUCAAUGAAAGAAAUGAGCAAACUAAGAGUUCUGAUAGUCAUAAACCACGGUUUCCGUCCUUGUGAACUGAACAAUUUUGAAGUACUUAACUCUUUAUCCAACUUGAACAGAAUUAGGCUUGAGCGAGUUUCUGUUCCUUCCUUUGGCACAUUCAAGAAUCUGAAAAAAUUAUCCCUCUACAUGUGUAAUACAAGACUAGCUUUUGAAAAGGGUAGCAUCGAAAUUUCUGAUUCAUUUCCAAAUUUAGAAGAUUUGAGCAUUGACUAUUGCAAGGAAUUGAUGGCAUUGCCUAGUGGGGUGUGUGAUAUUACCUCAUUAAAGAAGAUCAGUAUUACUAAUUGCCAUAAGCUUUCGUCGCUGCCCAAAGAUAUUGGAAAGUUGGAGAAUUUGGAACUCUUGAGCCUGAUUUCCUGCACUGAUUUGCUAGAGCUACCAGAUUCUAUUGGAAGGCUUUUAAAUCUAAGACUACUUGACAUUUCCAACUGCUUAAGCCUUUCAAGUUUGCCCGAGGACAUUGGCAAUCUGUGUAAUCUAAGAAAUCUCUACAUGACUAGUUGUGCAAGCUGCGAGUUGCCACUAUCAGUUGUCAAUCUUGAAAAUUUAAAAGUGAUAUGCGAUGAAGAGACAGCUGCUUCGUGGGAAUCUUUCGAAUCUAUGAUUUCCAAUUUAACUAUAGAGGUUCCUAAAGUUGAAGUCAAUUUAAAUUGGCUUCAUGCAAUUUGCUCUUAACACAUAGAUAAUGAUAGGGACUUGGGUAUUAUGGGGGGUGUUCUUCAAAUACUUGAAUACUUAUCAUGUGCAUCAGAGCUGGUUCUGGUGCCUCGGAAUUGGCUACCUAUGAAAGGGUUGACCCAAAAGGCCGAAUAAGGCAUCGGACGCCAGCUCUCAAGACGGUGCUUUGAUAGGAAGAUGGUAUUGUGGGGUGUCCAAGUCCUUAUCGAUUAGCAUGGGAAGCUUGGUGGAGUAUUUAAGUGGCUUCGUUUGUUCUUCUCCCUUGAUAGCUAACUUUUAAGGGAGGGCUCCUUAAGUAUCCAAAUUCAAAGAGAUAUGUCAAUUUCCAGGCUAGCUACUAUGAGUGGCAGGUCAUUUGGCAACAUCUAGGGUCAUUCAAUUACAGCUAUUAGAAUAUGUCAAUUUUCAAGGCAAGCAACUUGCCUACAUGUCUCAAAAAAGGCUUCCAUGUUUAAGAUCCACAGUUGGGAAGAAAUCAAAAGCAAAAGAAUCGACGAAAAGGAAGAAUAACAGGGAUACUGAUGCUACACCACAAGAAGAUGAAAACCAUUCAUGAUUGUUUUUCAGCACCUGCUGCUGCAUCAGAGGUGGAUAAUUUAUAGCUGUUUAUGCAAAAAUAAGAAGAGCAACAUGAUGGUUAUGCACUGGUCGUCGUUGUGAACACAAACAUCAUCUAGUAGUAUUAACAUUGACAAUCAUUGGCCAAAAGCGCAAGUUGAUUCGUCAAAAUAAUGUUCAAGAAGUUGAGCAAAGGCUAAUCUUCGUUUUGUUUCUUCUAACUAUCGUGUCUGGUAAAAAAUUUGUUUGCUCUGCACUUGUUUUUUCCUUCGCAGGUUUUAUCCCAUUGGGCUUUCCAGAUAAGGAUUUUAACGAGACAUGUGUUGUUUUUACUCUUGGUGUUUAAUUUGGGUUAGCUUUCAAUAUUUGUAAUUUCUCUUUUUUAUUUUGAUCCUACGGUUGAUAUGUGGUUAGAAAUCCAUGAUGAAGAUGAUUUGAGUGCAUUGGAGAAAAUUUAAGCACAGGUCAAUUGUGAACAUUGUUGAUAUUGUUGUUUUUUCUUUUAAUAAGGUGGGGUGGCUCUUAAAACAAUUUGAUAUUAUGUGUGAUUUUCUUGUAAAGCCACUAACUGCCACUUGUAUAAUUAUUCACAUUAAAUAAAACUGUUGAUUUUUCUGCUUGGCAAGAAA